AAUUUCUGUCUUUUUUGGAGAGGGGGAAAACACAUAUGAAUAAUUAAAAAAUAUUUAUUUUGUGAAGUUAAUUGUGUUUUUUAUUUGUUUCCAGGAAAUGGCUCUUCAAGUUAAAUGAGGCUGGAUAAAACACAUAAAUGAGGCAGAGGCUGCUCAGCAUGUGUUAGCGCUGUAUCACCACAAGCACUGCUCAUCAGCCAGACUUGGUAACUUGUCAUAAUGAAGAAAAUUAGUCUCAAAACAAUUCGCAAGUCCUUCAACUUAAAUAAAAGUAAAGAUGAAAGCAAUUUUGUAGUGGUUCAGCAGCCAUCGUUAAGUGAAUUUGGAAAAGAUGACUCCUUGUUUGGCAGCUGCUACGGUAAAGAUUUGGCUAGCUGUGAAGUCAAUAGUGAAGAUGAAAAAGGAGGCAAAAAUAGAUCAAAAAGCGAAAGUUUAAUGGGUACGUUAAAAAGGAGGCUUUCAGCAAAACAAAAACAGAAAGGCAAAGGCAGCACACCAUCUGUAAGCUCUGCAGAUGAUGACACGUUUUCUUCCUCAUCUGCUCCAAUAACCUUCAAAGAUGUGCGAACUCAGAGACCUCUGAGAUCCACUUCCCUCCGUAAUCAUCAUUACAGCCCAACUCCGUGGCCCCUUCGACCUACAAAUUCAGAAGAGACUUGCAUCAAAAUGGAAGUGAAAGUCAAGGCCUUGGUCCAUUCCUCUAAUCCAAGCCCAGCACUGAAUGGUGUUCGAAAAGACUUCCAUGAUUUGCAGUCAGACAGCGUGUUCCAGGAACAAAACAACAUGUUAAAAAAUGCGGAGUCUCAAAACGGGGACUUGCAUCUUCAUAUUGAUGAACAUGUGCCUGUAGUUAUUGGAUUAAUGCCUCAGGACUACAUUCAGUAUACUGUGCCUUUAGAUGAGGGAAUGUAUCCUUUGGAAGGAUCACAAAGUUAUUGUCUGGAUAGUUCCUCACCCAUGGAAGUUUCAACUGUCUCUUCUCAAGUGGGGGGAAGUGUUUUCCAUGAAGAAGAGAGCCAAGUGGAUCAGGAUGUAGUUGUUGCACCAGAUAUCUUUGUGGACCAGACAGUGAAUGGUUUGUUGAUUGGUACCACAGGAGUCAUGUUACAGAGCCCAAGAGUUAAUCACAGUGAUGUCCCUCCACUCUCACCUUUGCUACCUCCAAUGCAGAAUAAUCAAAUCCAAAGGAACUUCAAUGGAUUGAGUGGCACAGAUGCCCAUGUGGCUGAAAGUAUGCGCUGCCAUUUGAAUUUUGAUCCUAACACUGCCCCUGGAGUUGGAAGAGUUUAUGAUUCUGUACAGAACAGUGGUCCUAUGGUUGUGACGAGUCUCACAGAAGAACUGAAAAAACUUGCAAAACAAGGAUGGUACUGGGGCCCAAUUACACGUUGGGAAGCAGAGGGAAAAUUAGCUAAUGUGCCUGAUGGCUCGUUUCUUGUUCGAGAUAGUUCUGAUGAUCGUUAUCUUUUAAGUUUGAGUUUUCGUUCACAUGGAAAAACUCUUCACACUAGAAUUGAACACUCAAAUGGUAGGUUUAGCUUUUAUGAACAACCGGAUGUGGAGGGACAUACAUCUAUAGUUGACCUAAUUGAACAUUCAAUCAGGGACUCAGAAAACGGAGCUUUCUGCUAUUCGAGGUCGCGACUGCCUGGAUCUGCAACUUACCCAGUGAGACUGACAAAUCCCGUAUCUCGGUUUAUGCAGGUGCGCUCUUUACAAUACCUGUGUCGUUUUGUAAUACGUCAGUACACCAGAAUAGACCUGAUUCAGAAACUGCCUUUGCCAAACAAAAUGAAGGAUUAUUUACAGGAAAAGCACUACUGAAAGCUUGUGGGAAUCUUGCAUCUUGCACUUUGGGAACGACAAGAACAAAAAGAGAUUGAAUUACAGUUUACAGACUUUCAUUAUUAUCAAAAUAUUUUGCUGCCAUAAAAAUAUUUCAUUUUUGUGUGUAAAAGAAAAGUAAUGCAUUUGGAUUUAUGUUUGUUUUAGGGUUUUUGUGUAUGUUGGGGGGCUUUUUUUUUUUUUAAAGAAUUAUUUCAACUUUAUUUUUAGAAGUGUGAAAUAGCUAUCUUUCAUCAAUGUGCAGAUUAAUCACAAUGUGAAUGAUCAAAUUCUCCUUAAUUUCCCCCAAGUCCUUUGCUGCUAUCCACUGUGAUUUUUAUGCAUUGAAAGCACAUUUCAUGUGUAUUCAACCCUAAGUAAAAGUCAAAUAAAACUUGUUGAAUGGAAUUUUUUUCCCUUUAAAAUAACCUGUUUGAAAAAAAUGAUCACGGAUAAAAGUUGGUAUUCUAAAUUGCAGAAUUUACGUCUAUGUUAAAAACUAUUCCUUAGUAUCCUAAUGAUAAAUUUCUAUAGAGAUAUGCCCUAAUGUAGAACUUACAGACAGAACUGUGUUAUAAGAACAUGGUUAUGCAGCAUAUCUUUGG